AUGCUUGAAGAAUCAGAUUCUGAUUUAAUUAGAUUUUUUGAUGAAAUAUAUAAGAUUAUAAUACCAUUAAAUUGGGCUUCAAUUUUACAAGAAGAUGCUAAAAAAAAAGUUGUAGUAAUUCUUUAUUUAAUUGCUAGUCUUC